UAAAUGCAGUGAGGCUGUCCGCAAGGGCUCACAAGAGACUGAAGGAAGGAGGAGUACAGUAUGACUUUGCUUUGGUAUAUCUUUGAGCUUUUAUAACUGAAAAGACCAUGAAGACGUGGUUGGCAUGCAUUCUGAUUUUCAUUCAGAUCUUUGAAGGCUAUGCAGAGUUGAUGUUAAGGGAGCUGACAGAGAGCCAGUCACUGGAGCUCUCCUGUUCCCCUCAUCAGGACCACGGCAGCCCGACGGGCCUCCACCUUUACCACCGCAGUGCCCAGAGCCAGACAACCCUUCUGUCAAUGGCUAAGGGCAGCGAGUUCAGGGUCAGUCCGGACCACAGGGGGCGUCUGCAGCUCCGUGGAGGACUGGAUUCCACGCGGGUCAAUGUGACCAUAUCCCAUUUACAGACCAGUGACACGGGACUCUACAUGUGGGAGCUGAGCUACGGAGAGGAGAACAGCUUAGACCAGGGCAAACUCGGCGAUCAAAAGGUUUUCUUGUUGGUUCAAGGGACAGGGAGGUCAUGCCCAUGCAGUUACCCUCCUCUGCUCUUGACCAUCUUUACAGCAGCAGGGCUUCUUCUACUCAUUCUCAGCUGGGUGGCCAUAGAGAAAUGUGUGAAGACAAGGAGUCAUCGCAGACCACAAUCUUCUGCUCCUAUCUAUGAGGAAAUGACCAGGAAGCAGCAGAGCGCUGGAAUCCCCCAAAAUAACCACGAGGACCCCCCCGCACACCUGGAGGAAGUCAACUUCCCUGUGUAUGCUAACCCCAACAUCCGACAACCACAGGACAACUAUUACGCCUGUCCGAGACAGCUUGCUCUCAGAGCAUGACGUGACUUCUGGCAAUGAGUUAAUGGUGCAGCAAACAGGAAAUGACGCCAACUCAUACAGCAGAAGAUGAGAGCGAGAGGUUAUUUCUCACCUCUUCUCGGUACGGUGGAACGAAAGCAGAGAGACAAACAGCAAAUAACCAAAUGGCACAUUGUUAACAGCCAAGAAAAAAAGCUAUUUUAUUAAUAUUUGAAAGAAGCUCCAUAGUUCAUGAAAACAUUUGUUUCGGUGCAUGUCAUUUAACAAUCACAUUCUAUGAGGAGAAAGAGAUAUACAGAGAGAAAAAAAUAAAACAUUACAAGCCACUGACUUUUCAUUAAAUCUCAGUACAGACAUUUUUACUUAAUAUUUCAAAAAAAAAAAAAAAAGGCCAAAAAAAA